CCGUCGCGCCACGGCAGUGUCACACAUACCGUCCGAGCCGAGUACCGCGACCAUAAUCAUGGCGAGCCAGCAGCUCCUGACCGCCGCGAUGAUCUUGUGCUGUUGCUCGGCGCUGGAUCUCAACCGACUGUACGGACACGUGCACGCCAAGAGGAACAUAGGAGAACCGUGUCAUCCAUACGAACCGUUCAAAUGUCCUGGAAAUGGGGCUUGUAUUUCAAUCCAGUAUCUGUGCGACGGUGCCCCGGAUUGUCCUGAUGGAUACGACGAAGAUGCGAGGCUUUGCACUGCAGCUAAACGACCACCGGUCGAAGAGACCUCGAGUUUCCUGCAGUCUUUGUUGGCAAGUCACGGGCCAAACUAUUUGGAAAAACUAUUCGGCAGCAAGGCCAGAGAUGCUUUGGAACCGUUGGGAGGCGUCGAAAAAGUGGCAAUAACACUUUCAGAAUCGCAAACGAUUGAAGAUUUCGGGGCCGCCUUGCACUUGAUGAGAUCCGAUUUGGAACACUUGCGUUCGGUGUUCAUAGCCGUGGAAAACGGCGACAUUGGCAUGUUGAAGAGUCUGGGCAUUAAAGAUUCAGAGUUGGGCGAUGUCAAGUUCUUCCUGGAGAAGCUGGUCAACACUGGAUUCCUCGACUGAACCCGGCGCACAAAGAUUGCACUUCACCUAACCGUUAAUUAUUGUUUUUUUACCAAAGCCCAAUCAACAUUACAACACUUAUCGUGCCCCCAACUACUGUAUGAACACCUCUAUUAAAACCCAAAGGGCAUACACUGAACGAUACCCUUUCUCGAAAUUUGUUUUCUUAUGUUAUUUUAUCUAUAUUAUAAUAUAUCUACCCACCUUUAACUUCCGUUUACAGACCACCUACCUAAAUAUUUAGUUUUCUGUUUAUAUUCCAAACCGUAUAAUUGUUUAUUUCAUUUCAAACAGCAAAAUACCUAUAACAACAAGAGACAGACACCGCAAUACUAAAUACAUAUCAUUGUAAUGUGAAUCGCAACUUUAAACAUAUCAUUAUUAUAAAAAAAAAUAUAAUAAUAUAGUCGACAAAUCGUAUCAUAUACAUAUCAUGAUGAUGUAGUAAUAAUAUUAUUGUGUACCUAACCUAACUGAUUUUUUGAACAACGUGUGCCUAAUGAGCUAUUAUUAUCAUAAAUCUACAUAUUAUAUUAUUAUAAUAACAAUAUUAUUAUUAUCGAUGAAGUCUUUUUUUCUUUGAUCUUGGCUGUUUUUGCUUAAUAUGUAGCUUUUAUCCAAUAAUUACGUUUUACUUACUAUAAUAUUAAUUACAUUCUCACAUUUGAACGGCCCAACUCCUGAUGUGUACGUGAUGUAAUACUAUUGUAUUUAUAUGUAUACCAUAAUAUAAUACAAUAUUAUAAAAUACCAUGAUUUUUAUCAUGUUUUUACCAUUUACAUAGCUUUUUAAGCGUUUUACUAUUACUUUUUUGUUUUUUUAUCUCGUUUUGUCAUUUGGAUGUAUAACACACACACACACACUAUAGUACCUAUUUUAAAAAUUUGUUUGUAUUUUUUUUUUUAUUCUUACAUUAAUAAUAUGAAUUACCCCAUCAUACACAAAUCAUGAUACCUAAACGUUGUACAAGAGUAGAGUAAGCUCAUUUGGCACAUCAUGAUUUCGUUGGAACACCAAUGGAAAAAACAAAACACUUUAUGUAUAACGAUUAUAAGUACAAUGUAUUAUUUAUUAUCAUUCAAUCACUUAUUUUACUAUUAUUACAAUCGUGAUACAUCGUUUAUAUUAUAUUAUAUACGGUUAUUUAUUUAUUUAAAACAUUUUUCAUUCAAAAACCAAAAUUGUUGUACUCUAUAGUGGAAAUUUUGUCAAGCCCAAGUCGAGUCGGCCUAUGUAUAUGUUAUAUUUUAAAUUAAAUCAAUCGUAGGUUUUGUGUUGUAUUACCUUUUUCAAGAUAACGACCACACGACACACACACACACAAACCAUAUACACAAACCACGAUUUUUUUCUUCUAUUUUAAAUAUAAUGUUUCAGUCGUCGACUCGACACGGUGAACCAUUAAUUAUUUGUAUUACUAUAUUAAUAUUAUAUUUAUUAUGAACAGUUUCUCAUCUACGA